GGGGGCGCGCGCGGCGGCGGCGGGACGGUGGGCGGCCAUGCGCGCGCUGCUGCGGGGGCUGCGCUGGGCGGGGGGCUGGCGCGCGGGGGGCGCGGGGGGCGCGGGGGUGGCGCACGGGGGGGUCCGCCGAGCCCCGCGCCCCGCCAUGGCGCUGUACCGCACCGAGCCGCGCGGCCGCCCGCACACGGCCGACUACCGCCUCUUCUUCCAGAAUGCGGCUGGCCACUACAUCUCCCCCUUCCACGAUAUUCCUCUGCGGGCGGGCUUCACAGAGGAAGGUGGCAUUCCUACAAAGAGACCUAGGAGUGAGGACUCUGAGAAUCUGUUUAAUAUGAUCGUGGAGGUGCCCCGGUGGACCAACGCCAAGAUGGAGAUCGCCACAGAGGAGCCCCUGAACCCCAUCAAGCAGGACACCAAGAACGGCAAGCCUCGCUUUGUGGCCAACAUCUUCCCCCACAAGGGCUACAUCUGGAAUUACGGCGCCCUCCCGCAGACUUGGGAAGACCCCCGUGAGAAGUGUAAGAACACAGGUUGCUGUGGGGAUAACGAUCCCAUCGACGUCUGUGAAAUAGGCUCCAAGGUCCUUCCUCACGGAGCCGUGAUCUGUGUGAAGAUCCUUGGCGUCUUGGCUCUGAUCGAUGAGGGUGAAACAGAUUGGAAGUUAAUUGCUAUUGACGUGAAUGACCCCGAAGCCUCCAAGUUUCACGAUAUCGACGAUGUGAAGAAGCACAAGCCCGGCUACUUGGAGGCCACUGUGAACUGGCUCCGGCUCUACAAGGUGCCCGACGGAAAGCCGGAGAACCAGUUCGCCUUUAACGGAGAGUUCAGGAACAAGGCCUUUGCUCUGGAAGUCAUCCGGUCUGCACACGAGUGCUGGAAAGCAUUGCUGAUGAAGAAGUGCGACGGGGGGACCAUCAGCUGCACAAACGUGCAGGUGUGUGACAGUCCGUUCCAGUGCUCGCAGGAGGAAGCAAGAUCCCUGGUACAAUCGCUGCUCGGUCCCCGCGGGGGCCAGACUGUGAUGGCCGCUGGCACGGGACCCUGCCCCAAGGAGGACAACGUGGGCUGGCCCACUUCCCUUGCUGCCCUGGUGUCGGGGUCUCUGGCGGGGUGGUCUCCAGGGGAAAGGUGCCGUCUCCCGUGAGCAAAGAGAGCAUCGAGGAAGAUCAGGUGUGGCACUUCCUUGGCAAGAAGUGGGACCCCUGACCUUCUGCUGUCAGACUCCGAUCUCUAAGGAUUCCAAGCCUCCAUUCCCCCACGUCCCGGCAGACCUGUGAGAAUCUGCUGGCCUCCAGAGAAACGUCGUGACUUUCCAGGCUUUUCUGAGAUACAUGAUAUGUAAAUAAACACAGAUACUUUUAA